CUGCGGUGCGGUGUCGGGCCGGCGGCGCGGCGCAGUGCAGGAGCCGGAGCCGGAGCCGGACCGGGAGCGCGGCCGCGGCCGGGCGCGGGCAGCACCGCCGCUUCGCUGGCGUCUGGCGGGGCGGCGGCGGCAGCAGCAGCAGCAGCGGCAGACUGCGGCCGGCGGGUCUCGCCGCGCCCCCUCGCUGUUCUCUCCCUCCCCCCGCCCGGGUCCCGCGGGUGCAGCAUGAAGUGCAGCGAUGGCCCGGAGAGGUAAGACGGCGGUGAGGACGCUGGAAGACCUGACGCUGGACUCCGGGUAUGGUGGCGCGGCGGACUCGGUGCGCUCCUCCAACUUGUCGCUGUGCUGCUCGGAUUCGCACCCCGCGUACCCCUAUGGAGGAAGCUGCUGGCCGCACCUAACUGACUCCAUGCACAGUCGGCACAACAGCUUCGACACCGUCAACACCGUCCUAGCGGAAGACUCCGAGGUGCUGGACUGCGCGGGGCAGCAGUGCUCCCGGCUCCUGCCCGACCUUGAGGAGGUCCCCUGGAGCCUGGAGGAGGUGGAGGCGCUGCUGCUGCCGCCGCCGCCGCCGCCGCCGCGCCGGGAGCCGCGGGCGCCGGGCACCGCCGCCGCCAGCCCCGGGAGCCGGGAUGCGGCGGCGCGGCUCUCGACGCUGGUGAGCCGGGCGCUGGUGCGCAUCGCCCGGGAAGCGCAGCGGCUGAGCCUCCGCUUCGCCAAGUGCACCAAGCACGAGGUGAGGAGCGCCAUGGAGAUCGUCCUGGGCUGGACGCUGGCUGCCCGCUGCACGGCGGCCGCCCUCGGCGCCCUCUCCCUCUACAACAUGAGCGGCAGCGGCGGCGACCGCUUCAGCCGCGGCAAAUCGGCGCGCUGCGGGCUGGCCUUCUCCGUGGGCAAGUUCUACCGCUGGAUGGUGGACAGCCGCGUGGCCCUGCGCAUCCACGAACACGCCGCCAUCUACCUCACCGCCGGCACCGAGAGCCUUUUCCGCGACAUCCACGCGCGGGUGCUGGCCGGCCCCGCCGCCCCGCUCCCGCCGCCCGGCCGCCCCCCGACCGCCGCCGCCGCCGGCCCGGCCGAGAAGGAGAAGGAGAAGGAAGGCGGCGAGGCGCCCCGCUUCACUCUGGAGGCGUUGGAGCAGACGGUCAACAACGACCCCGAGCUCUGGGGUUUGCUCCAGCCCUACCAGCACCUCAUCUGCGGCAAGAACGCCAGCGGUGUUCUCUGCCUGCCGGACAGCUUGAACCUUCACAAGGACCAGCAAAGGUCAAACAAGCCUGGAGAAGUGCAGAUGUUCAGCCAGUCAGAGCUAAGGACCAUCGAGCAGUCUUUACUUGCUACGCGCGUGGGGAGCAUUGCUGAACUCAGCGACCUGGUGUCUCGAGCGAUGCACCACCUCCAGCCCCUCAACGCCAAGCAGCACGGGAACGGGACGCCGAUGCACCAGAAGCAGGGAUCGCUCUACUGGGAGCCGGAGGCUCUGUACACCCUCUGCUACUUCAUGCACUGUCCGCAGAUGGAGUGGGAAAACCCCAACGUGGAGCCAUCAAAAGUCACGCUGCAGACCGAGAGGCCGUUCAUUGUGCUGCCUCCCCUGAUGGAGUGGAUACGAGUUGCCGUGGCUCACGCGGGGCACCGUCGCAGUUUCUCGGUGGACAGCGAUGACGUACGGCAGGCGGCGAGGCUCUUACUGCCGGGAGUUGACUGCGAACCUCGACAGUUAAAAAUCGACGACUGUUUUUGUGCAUCUCGGAAACUGGAUGCAGUUGCCACUGAAGCGAAGUUCAAGCAAGACCUGGGUUUCCGGAUGCUCAACUGUGGCCGAACAGAUCUGGUUAAACAAGCCAUAUCCUUGCUGGGGCCGGAUGGGAUUAACAGCAUGAGUGAACAGGGCAUGACUCCACUGAUGUAUGCUUGUGUCAGGGGUGAUGAGGCUAUGGUGCAGAUGCUGCUAGAUGCUGGAGCAGAUCUGAAUGCUGAGGUUGUCAGUACUGCUCAUAAAUACCCAUCCGUCCACCCUGAGACCCGCCAUUGGACAGCUCUGACAUUUGCUGUGUUGCAUGGACAUAUUCCUGUAGUUCAGCUGUUGCUGGAUGCUGGAGCAAAGGUAGAAGGUUCCUUGGAGCAUGGAGAGGAAAAUUACUCUGAAACUCCUUUACAGUUGGCAGCAGCUGCUGGAAAUUUUGAACUGGUCAGUUUGCUGUUGGAGCGAGGAGCUGACCCCAUGAUAGGAACGAUGUACAGGAACGGCAUUUCCAUGACUCCACAAGGUGACAUGAACUCUUUCAGUCAGGCUGCUGCACAUGGACACAGCCAUCCAGAGGAACAUAGAUACAGGAACGUCUUUCGUAAGCUGCUUGCUCAGCCGGAGAAGGAGAAGAGCGAUAUUCUGUCGCUGGAGGAGAUCCUGGCUGAGGGGACGGACUUGCCCGACUCGGCGGCAGCUCCGCUCUGUGCCAGCCGCAACAGCAAGGCCAAGCUGAAAGCCCUGAAGGAGGCCAUGUACCACAGCGCCGAGCACGGCUACGUGGAUGUGACCAUUGACAUUCGGAGCAUAGGUGUUCCCUGGACACUGCACACGUGGCUGGAGUCCUUGCGCACGUCCUUCCAGCAGCACAGACGACCCCUCAUCCAGUGCUUGCUAAAGGAAUUCAAGUCCAUUCAGGAAGAAGAGUACACGGAGGAGCUCAUCACACAAGGGUUGCCUCUGAUGUUUGAGAUACUGAAAGCCAGCAAGAACGAAGUGAUCAGCCAGCAGCUCUCUGUCAUAUUCACUCAUUGCUAUGGACCCUACCCUAUUCCAAAGCUCGUUGAAAUUAAGCGCAAGCAGACCUCUCGCCUAGAUCCCCAUUUUCUUAACAACAAAGAGAUGUCAGAUGUUACAUUUCUGGUGGAAGGAAGACCAUUUUAUGCACACAGAGUGUUGCUAUUUACUGCAUCCCCAAGGUUUAAAGCAUUGCUGUCUAGCAAGCCCUCAUCUGAUAGUACUUGUAUUGAGAUCAACUAUGUGAAGUACCCCAUCUUUCAGCUGGUUAUGCAAUAUCUUUAUUAUGGAGGUGCAGAGUCACUCCUGAUUAAAAAUAAUGAAAUUAUGGAGCUUCUCUCUGCUGCUAAAUUUUUCCAGCUUGAAGCUUUACAACGACACUGUGAGAUCAUUUGUGCAAAAAGCAUUAAUACAGAAAACUGCGUGGAUAUUUAUAAUCAUGCGAAGUUUCUCGGAGUGACAGAACUUUCUUCCUAUUGUGAAGGCUACUUUCUAAAAAAUAUGAUGGUCCUCAUUGAAAACGAAGCUUUCAAACAGCUGUUGUAUGACAAGAAUGGAGAAACGUCUGGUCAAAAUGUACUACAGGACUUACAGAGGACGUUGGCCACAAGGAUUCAGUCAAUUCAUUUGUCUUCUUCAAAGGGCUCCAUUGUGUAAAGCUGAGGAAGACGGUAACCCUCUAAUAAAGACCCUGCAAGUUAAGUCUGCUGUUGCAGUUGCUUAAUCCCGUUGCAGUUGCUUAAAUGACUACAAAAAAAAAAAAAAUUUAAAAAUUCUACUUCGCAUCCAAAUAGUUCUGUUUUGGCCAAAGGUGCUGUGCUGGGACUGCAGCCCCGUUUGGAUGAGGGAAUAUAGAAAACAAAGCUCCUCCGUGUUUUUGAGCAAACGGGAUAUAAGAGUAUCCAGUGAAUCGCUGUUGUACUCAAAUUCCGAACACACGCGCGUCGUCGUGCAGCUCGAUGCCAACAAAAGCCAGAACUCACAUCAGUGAACAGCAGAAGCCCCUGCCUGAGCAGUGGUGCAGGGAAAAACCCGAAUUGACCGGUUAAUCGUUUAAGGUGGAUUUGUUCCAGUGUUACCCGUUUAAGAACUAUAUCUAUCCUGGAGUCCAUUAUCUCGUGCAUUUAAGAAAUGUAAGAACUGUUAUUGCUGUCGAGCAAAGGUCAACUGUAUUAGAGAGUGGGUAAGACUGUUACAGCUGAGGAAAUAUACUGGCAGAUUUUUAAGGGUGGGAACUUUUUAAAUUGUUCAUAAAAAAUAACGGGGUGGCCUUGUAGUUUAAAAACUAUUUCUUAAGCUUAAAAUUUCAUUUUCGACAGAGCUGUGUUUGAGAAUCUAUGUAACAUGUUUUGUUUUUUUAAAUGGUAAAAUGUACAUUGUGUAAACAUAUAUAUGAUCAAGUUUUGCUUGUAUUCUUUCCUAGGGUGGUAUAAUCUUGCCUAACAGGCUAUGGUUACACCAAAGAGGUACAUUACCCAGACUAUCUCUAAUACAGUAGUUGGGGGGGCAGGAGAACUGCAUGCUACUCGUGAUUUGGGGUUAAAAACAAUGACAAACUCAACAUGCAUUUGCAUGGUAACUGUACCUGUGAAAUGUUACGUUUGUGCUUUGUUUCGCCAAGACAAAUGCAAUGUUACUUCUUGUCAAACUUCAUUUGUGAAAUUAGCAUAUUUUUUUAUUUGGUGCGAUUGGUUGUGAUAUGAUACCCCUGGAGACCCUUCUCGAGAUGCUGAUUUCUGUUUGUUACAGUGAAGGGAUAAUAACAGAUCUUUACUUCAGUAAUGUGUUGAUACUUUGCUACUGGCCAGAGAUUGUGUCCAAGUUAGACUUUUUUAAAUUAUAAUUAAAUAUGUACUAUAGAAUGAUUUCUCACUGUAUCCUGAGAAUGUAUAGGUUAUCUACAAUGCAGGGUUUGGGUGGGGUGGGAUGGGGGAUGUGAUUUAAUGUCAAAGCUUCAUUUCUUUUGCAGCAUAUUGUUAGCAAGACAAAUCGGCUACGUGCCACAACAUUCCUGAUGCUCUGUCUCUGAAAACCACAGCAAGAAGUAGGCAAAGAUGUUGCCUUCUCCAUGGCAAAGAGACAUUAAUAUAUUUAUUUUCUAGCAUGCUGUUCAGAAACUGUGCCCAGUUCAUAGACUUUAGAAGUUUUAUUUUGACAGUGCAUGUUAACCUCUUGUUCUUUUGCUGAAGUAUCUACGUCAGGUGCUCUUCAAUGCCGAUAGCUUUUGGCAUGCUCAGAGAACACAGUUUUGGCUUUAGUAAUCAACACGGUAGGAAGCUGUUUUAUGACUCUGAGGUGUAAAUCCUCCUGUGUGCUUGGUCUUUUAAAGCCUCUACAGUUCCUGCAACAAAUUACAAAAAUGUCUAAACUGUCAUUAAUGUCACAGAGACACAGUGUGUCAGUCAAUUAGACUUUUGUUUUCUGCAUAGUAGAUGUUCACACAAGAUGUUGUCUGGAACAUUUAGGUAAUGGCAACUUCUCUGUGAAUGUUGCGAUCUUAGAGAAGCGAGACCAUGGUUGAUGCAAUAGCAACACGCAGGGGUGCUUGUGUCUUUUGGUGUGGUCCUCAUCCAUGGAAACCCAUCCUUCUAUGUCAAUGAUAACUGGAUAGGAGCAGACCUGACCCCACAGCUUCAUGGUUUAAAAUAGCAAAAUUUUUCAAACAGCAAUCAUGAUACUAAAAUUCUUCCCUUGGGUACAUGCGUAGUGCCCAACGAAGUCACUGGGAGUUGCAUACACAUAUAUCUAUCGGCAAAAUGGCUUUUUCUGGGAAACAUGCCCACAACUAUGCUUGUGGAUAGUCUGGCAUCUAAUGCUAUAAUGAUAGCCACGGGUGUUGUGCCCCUGUUUCUAGCUCAAAUCCUAACUGCGCUUUGGUAAGGGGAUGUAGAGUCCUGUGUGCACAGGCUGCCCCUGGAAGGUGACGUCUUUUGGGCAUUUUGUAGGAACCUGCCUGGACUCAUUAGGAAGGAAACGCUGGUAACUGUGCUAGUUGUUCUGAUGAGUUGAGAGUAUCUGUGGUAACAUCUACUGGUUUUCUUUCAGAGGUAAAGGGCUUAAUAUGUCCUUCAGUGGCCGUACGUGAACGGAGUGGUCAGUGUGUUUGGGCACUCAAAACCAAACACGAGCCAAAGGCUCUAGGGACAGAGCGCAGCUCCCUCCGAACACACGCUGCGCAAGUCUGCCGGCAGAGCUGCAUCAGCCCGUGCAUUCGUGUGUCCCGUUGCUCCUUCGGAGGCUUGUGAAUCUGGAUGGCUGAGCACAACAGAAAGCGUGGCACCCGCUGCUGCCACGAGAUCUGCUUUGCUGGUGUCUAGCAAAUGGUAGGAGAGAACAAGCCCCAAGAAGCUAUCGUUCAAAGCUGUUACAGGAAGAGAUUGCGGCUCUUGAUUUAUAAGGGAAUAACUUUUGCCCUUCAGAACGCUGGUAGUCCCAAAGUCAUAGACGUAUAGCUGAAAGGAACCUUAAAAAAAAAGAAUCAUGACUCAAUUCUUAUUCGACCUGUGACUCCCAUCACUUUUGCCAGAGGAAGAGCCAGCCCCUGUGUAACCCUGGCAGUUAUUUCUCCUGGAAGUAGUCAGCAGACCUUUGUGGAUCCACAGACCAGAGUUUGAAAACUGCGAUUUUAGUCCACCUCUCCUGCUGUGAGGCUGGGUGAGGUCUAGCUGAACCACACCAGACAGUGUGCAGCUUGCAAGCUUUUGAAACGUCCAGCGACGGGCAUCCAUGAUCUUCACCAACCUCAUAAUCAGAAGGUUUUCCUAAGAGACUAUUUGGAAUUUUUUUACUGCAAAUUGAGCCACUUUUCCUUCAAGCCCUGAUUGACAGGAGGAACAGAUGAUCUUACAAGAUCUUCUUACAAGAUUAUUCUAUGUAUGAGAGGAAUUAUCCUACUUUCCUAGUUCCUUUGCUAGUAUUUUCUAGGUCUCUGAUUUUUCCUGGCAUUCCCCUCAUGACUCCCCAGUUUCCCCAAAAUGCAGUACUCCCACAGGGGUUUUAUACAGUAACAAGCAAAGCAGAGUAACUGUCUCCUGUGGUUUAUGUAAAGCAUAUCAGAAAAUAUAUCCUGCAAUAUUUUCUACAAGAACAUCCCAUGGCUGACUUUGAUCUAGUCUGUCUUCUGUUAUAAUUCCUGGGUACUUCACUGCUGCUUUCCCAGGACUUCGCAUUUUUAUUUGUGCAUUUGUUUACUAUACCUUCCAAAGUAUAACACUUUCAACUUGUCUUUAGUGCAUUUGUUCUGCUUUAAUUGGGGCAAUUUCCCCACUUCAUCAAGAUCAAUUGCAAUUCUGAUCCUGUCUUCUGGCCUGUUUCAUAAUCUCCAAACUUUAUUGUAUGUGGCUUCAUGCGUGGAUUUUUCAUUCCAUUAAUCUGGGGCUGAGGGGGAAGGGCUCUAUUGUCAAUUUAAUCUAAAAAGCAGUGUGAGUUUCGGCGGGUGCCCAUGAAUGCCAUCACUAUCAGAUAAGGCUCUUUCCAGCAGAGCAUUUUAUUAGCAUUUUUUAGAGAGAUGUUGUUACCAUCUUAGAAAAUAAAAAGCCUUCUACUUCUUUAGUCUUUGUAUGAGUUGCAAUAAUUUAUGAAUUUUGAGGGAAAAUAUUGCCUCCAAUCUAGGUGAAAUGGAAAAAAAUACAACAUCGUUAGAAAAACUUGUGAUUUUCUUUUUCUUUCUUUCUUUCUUUUUUUUUUCAAUCGUAACUUUCCAGCCUGUAAUGUGUGGAGGGCUGUUUCGGUUCCUUUCCAUCUGUCUUUUUUAUACUAAUCCACUGCUGUAAUAUUUGAGGACUUACAGGCAUCCUGCCCCUGCCUCACUGCAGAUCUUUCUUUCUGCCUCUCUACAAGGGUCCUCCCUUAGUUUCCAGAAUUUCCUCACAUUUUCACUUUGCCUCACGUGCUGCCAGUUUCCACACUUCCCAGUUUUUUUACUCUAGAGCCCUGCUGGAUCCCUUCCCAAGCCCGGAAAGGGUAUCUGUGUCCUCCUGAAUGGGCAAUUUUCCAAUAAUUGUCUUGAGAGCUGGGAAGAGAAAAGGAUGGGGAAUGUAGGAGGGCAGAGGUUUUAGACAUCACAGAGAAGGGCUGGUAUUCUUUUCACAACAAAUUUCAGCACUGUCUACUUGUUUCUCAGAUUUUCCCCUGAUAUAUUCCUUACGCCUGCUGUCCUCUAAACACAGCUGGUGGCCAGAUGCUCUCCAUUCUGGAAAAGGGCCAGCUUUCUUAAUGGCUAAGACUUUUUUUUUCCCCAGCUAAAACUUUGCCUGCUUGGUCCCAGCUUCGGAGUAGAUUUGUGCAAAUGUCUGUUAAAGACAGAGGAAACAUCUUUAAAGAGGUGUGAAGGCUUAGUAGCCAGGCUUCUAUUGGCACCAGUGAAAGCUGCUUGCUGAAUCCUCCACGUGCUGCUUUUGACACUGAGCCUUUUCGUAUUGAAUAUCCACUGGCUUCAUACCAAACAUUGCACAAGUCCUGGAUGGGCUGCAGUGUGUGGUGUGCUCAGGGCUUUCGGAAAUUCUAGUUUUGUUUCAGAGUGUAGCACAAUGUGCUGCUCUUUGAAGAUUAAAAGAAAAAAGGGAAUUCCUCAGUUUGUUCUGAAAUAAAGUGCUCUGAGGUGGUGCAGUGAGAAAAAAGAGAGGGCAUCUCUUCUUCCCCCCUUGUACCUGUCUAAAAUCAGAGGAGGGUUCUGUAAUGGCAUGCAGUGCAACUCUAGGUCUGUGAGGACUCAGGCAUACAGGACCCUCUUUAAGUGGGGUUUUUGUGUUCAGGAAAAAUACAGGUGGUGGUAAAGUUCACACAUCCACAUACUCAAGGCAAGGCUCAGGCCAUCCUAGAGAAAAAGCCACUCCUAGUACUCUUUGUGGGUUAAAUCCUAGGAGAAGCUGAGAACCUGCAGAACUUGUCGAAGUCAGUUGCAGGUAUUUGGUGUCCCUCAGGAGCUGACUCUUGUCUUAAAAAUAUUGCUGCAAGAUGACAUCCUGAAGCCUGCAUUCACUAAAGCUGCCUCUGAAGUUAGUGGAUGAAUUUUUUUGUUUGAAGAAUGAGAGUUACCUAAAGUCAAAGACUUGAAGAUAGUUCGUUUGACAAAGUGUCUUUCAUGUGAGGCUCUGCAAGCGCUUUACAGAAAUGAAGGGCCUGAUGUUGCUUUCGUCCUCUGGCCCAGAGAUCUUGAAAGAGAUAAGCAUUUAAAAAGCUGCUUAGGAUUUGUCCUAAUGUUUAAUACACCAGCUUGCAGAAAGUUAGCCUUGAAAUAGCAGUCAAAUAAUAUCUGAAACCCCCAUAGACGAGCACAUCACUAAUUUUAGAUGUCUGCCUACAAGCACAACAUUUAUAUCUCUAACUCGCAGCACUUCCAAUCACAUCUUCCAUACAUUUAUAACAAAAUUAAUGUUUUGUUAUUUUUUAAACUUGUUAUUUAUUUUGAGGUAGGGACCGUUACCUUCAGUGGGUGAAAACUGAGGCUGCCCACUGACCAGAUUAUCACAUUUUCAGUAGAAUUGCACCUGACCUACCAUUUAUAACUGGCCUCCAAGGGCAAAAAAUAGCAAAGCUGAGUCUUCAGCUGUGAGUCAAUGAUCCGUGAGUUCAAUGAGACCGCUGCUGAAAACAUUACAAAUGCAAUGCCCAAAGCAGAAGGAAAAUCUGGAAACCCGCAGAAGCUAAUGGGCAUUUGUCAGCUGCCUUCACUGAGCCCGAGAACUGGGGAAGCAAGCUCAGUGUGGAUAGGAGGGGGGUAUUCAAUUUCUUUUUGUUGCCAUUAAACUGUCAUUCUUUCGGCUUGGUUCAAGGUUCCUUGCAUGGAACAGCUAUGGAUGGCCUAGUGUGUGUUUAUCUUAGGUGCAUGCAGAGGGCUCAAAAUGUGGUAUCUCAUGUUCUCAAGUCAGUAGUCUCAGUACACGAUGUUUUUUGUGCUUUGCUUGGACUGCUUGUCACUAAAACACCCAGGAGACAUGGCAGCAACUUAAAAGAGAGGUUGCAUUGGCUGGAUAGGUUAAAUUCUACAAACAUCUUGUGUUUUGCAAGCUGUGUUGUUUAGCUGACUAAAUCUGUCCACCUGAUUGUACGUAAUGUACCAGAACAGCAAUUUUGGUGUUUGUUUUCCUUUGGAGAGGCAUUUUUCAUCCUUCUUCAGGCUUACAGUUUUGUUCUUUCAUCCUGAAGAGGUGAUGACACUGUGUGAACGGGCAUGCUUAGAUUAGGCACAGGUUUCUGUCUGUGUUGGAUGGCACGCUAACGAAGAGGUCUCGGUAAGGGAAGAGGAUUAGGUACAAGAAUUUGAAUGUCUAAUCCCAGAUCUUUGCCUUGGAUUCCAGAGGUAUAGUGUUCCCCUUUUCCUGCUUCAUUUGUUCUCCCAACUCAGAGCUUCCAUGAAAUCGGCGGGGAGGGCAGAAGGCAGGGCAGGAGGAGAGGAGGAAGCAGCCCCAUCUCCCAGCCCUUGCUCGGCAUCCCCAACCAGCCCAGUUGGCUCCGGUCUCUUCAGAGCUCACACAGAGGGUUUGCUUGGUCCCACUGCUCAGAUAUGGCCAUGGAGCUCUAGCAAUUGGCAGUUUUUCUUUGUCCUUAUAAAUAUCUCCAGUGCCGCAGCUGCAAGAUCAAAUUUGCCUGAACCCCUUUGUGUGUGGUUAACUUUGGUCUUUCCACUUCCCAUCAUCUCUGCUGCUGUGUUUUCAUUAAAACUUCCAUUACUCGGCUUUGCCCAGCACAGUGAGAGGCAAUCUUGUUUCUUAUUGCCUUUCUAAAGCAAACAAAGACAGGGAAAAAAACUCCCUGAAAUACCCAAUCAGAAAUCAUUCAUGGUUUAAAAUAAGCCACAUUAGAAAAUGGAGAUGCUCAGACACACAAAAAAAAGAAAGCCACUUUAGAAAAAGCCAGUGUGUUAGGAGGUCAUUUUAAUUAAUUAAGGUCAAAGCCUUAACACCUCAUAUGUUCUGGCAGGGACGGAUUAACAUGGUUCAAAACAUCUGGACUUGUUCAAGCCACAGGUUCAAGAAGAGUCCAGCCUUACCCUUUCCCCUUCCCAGCAGUGGAUAAAUUGACUAUCCUAUAGCUUAGUACGUGAGAGGCUUUCAAAUGAGCCUUUCCAAAGUCUGGUUCUCCCUGUUCUGCGUAGCUUUUAAAGAGCUCACAGCACAUCUGCGGGCUGAGAUUUGCUCCUGAGCACGGUCGAAAGCCCCUGCGCCCCAGCGCUGGCUGCGCCUCACUGGGGCAGAAGGUAGGAAGGAGCACAGGAAGCCCCUGGAGCCUCAUCGGAGUGAAAGCUGCUUCCCCAGCGUCCGAGCAUUCACUUGAUCAAAUACCCUGCUUCACUGCUCAAGCCUGGGUAGACCACUGAUAGACAAAUUUGGGACAGUCGGUUCAAUACCUUGGGAACUGAUUUUUGCCUUGCAAUUAUUGAGCCAGUGACUAAUUGUGCCAUUUGGGGACGUGGUAAAAUGUGCAGUCUUCCUUGAGUUGUGAGUUUAUGUCUAUCCAUUGAAGAAUACAAGGACUAAAGGAAAGUAUCUGAGAGCUUCUUGACCUCAUGUUCCUGGCUAACUUCCAAUUAAUACUAGAAAAACUCGACCUAUUUUAAGUCCCAUCAGUACCUUUUGACCAGUAUGUUGCUUCUGGUCUGUAUUUCUCUGAGUGUUGCAGCUGCUGUACAGCCGUAUGUGCUGUACCAGUGGGGAGUAAUGGUGCCUGAGCAUUAUGCAUACAGUAAAUAAGUAAAUCCCACUCUCUGCAAUGCAGGACGUUCCUUCCACUGGUCUCCUCAGCAUGAUGUGGAAGGUUGAAUAAUGCAUCUCUGGUGUUUAAAGCCCCAAGAUAAAGUCAAUGCUCUCUUUCCCCACUCUUUCUUCACUCUGCCAGCUUACCACACAGCAGAGGGAUCCGGAUCCUGCGUUUUUUGAAUCGUAGGGAAGACCAGUAGAAAAAAAACCACAGGAAAUACAACAUUCUCUCACACACACAUACACACAGCCAGUAACAGGUGGGCUGCUAGAGUGUCCUUGAGUCCUGCUCACCUGAAAGCUUGUUGUAAUGCCAUUUGUGCAUUAGUUAUCCUCAGAGCAGGCUUUUGGUUAGGUUGAAGUCUGGAAAGCAUCUCAAGUCAUUGAGGACGGAAGUGGCGUUGUAAAAUAAUUUGUUCUGUAUCAUCCAAGCCGUGCAUUUUCUGCUUCUUUGUGGGUUUUAGUGUUGUGUUGGUUGGUUUGGGUUUUUUUUAGGGAAGAAAAGGUUAAGCAUAUGUAAUGCUUUGGAUUUUCUGUCCAUGGUUAUCUUUGUGUGUUUGUAUGUGCGAGAGAGAGGGAGAGAGAGACGGACAGUAAAUAGAUCUACAGGAUAUGUUACGAGGCGUGAAAUCAUGUUUGUAGUGAGUUUUCUUGUUAAUGACAGUGAGCCUUCCUUGAUGCUAGGCAUUAAUGCAGUAUCCAUUAGUGCAGCUAAACCUCCCUCUGCUCCACUUUCCCAACUGGGUUUCAUUUUGUACCUAGUUUAGCAUUUAUAAAUAUUUGAUACAAAGUUCAAGAAGUAAUUUACAUGUUAAAUGAAAGAUAUAUGAAUGUUCUAGGAAAAAUACAAGUUAAGAUGCUACUAUAACAUCUUUCACAAACCAAACAUGAAAGCAUGAUGAAAUUUGCCCCAUUAAAAUCGCUGGAAGCCUUUUUAUUGAUUUUUCUAGUCUGUGGAUUAGGUCUGUUUUCCAUCUCUCUUUCAUACUAUGUCACCUUUGAAGUCUUUGCACAUCUUGCACUUUCCAAGCCGAAUGCAUAUCUGUAAUUAGAAAACACAAUCUUGAUCUUUAAAUGGGGAAGCAAUCCUUCCUCUGUCAUCCACUUCUGAAGGGCUGGUUUUGUAUCUUUAUGUUUACCAUUGAAAACAACAGCUGAAUGGGGAAAUCCCAGUGCGAGCAUCCUGAAAAGACGAAGAGCUAGCACUGUCUGUGGGAAAACUCUUUGCUUCCUUCCUCCCUCUUCACAUCCACUCCCACUUGUCCCUAAGAUGUCUUUGGACUUAGAGCUAGAAAAGAAAAAUGAAAACAAGAGGAAAGGAUAUGCUAGAAAUAAGAUGGUUUCUAGAACAGUGCAGAACCAUCAGGUGUAAUCUUGGGUUUUUGCAGGUUUUAGGCAGACUCCUAAUUGCAUUUGUUACGAUUGUUAUGAAUUUGGGUUUGGGUUUUUUUCUAGCAGAGUAGUUUUGUUUGCUGCUGUCCAUUGUUGAGGUUGUAUGGGAAGGUUUCACUUCAUUUUUAUUGAGAAACAAAUGAAAGAUCACACAACCCAACAGUAAUCAUCAGCAAACACAGAGAUAUUGUCCUCCAUCCCACAGCUGUAGCUUAAAUGCUGGUUUGUGGCUUCACAGGCAUGUUUGAGGUCAUCUACAAUUAACAACACAGGUGAAACUUCCUUCCCCUUUGCUUAUCCAUUUAUGGUGGAUAAAAAUAAAAUAGCAGAGAGUCAGAGUAUAGACAAUAGGAUGGCAGAUGUUUUUCAAUAGAGAAAGAGUAUAGCUAAGAAAUACAAAUGUUUCUGGAACCAAAUAUUUUUCCUCAAAAAGACAGAUAGACAUCUGUAGCUCGUUCGAAGAUGUCAGUCUCUCAAGUCUGUUAGAUGCUUUUGAAAAUUGCCUGUUUCGUGCUGUUAAUGUUCCAGAGCAAACCGUUCCACUGAAGACACUAACUGAGGGUGCUCUGAAACGAGGUAGAAGGGAAUGUAUUUAUGGACCUCAGCCAUAAUUUGAAGCAGCAGCUUUUGUCCACUGUGUCCACAACUUGAACUUUAUUUUAAAAUGUGUGUUUGUAUUUAAAUUCUUUUGAUUUUUUUUAAUUACUGUUUUUAAAAUGAACAUAAGUUUCUCUUGAGUAUAAUGUAUUCAGUGAGCAAGAUCAGAAACCUUUACGUGUUCUGUCACAUAAUCAGGUCUUUAGCAUAAAGGUUGGGAAAACUCUGAAAGCAUCUUCUCGAAGCGCACUUUAGGCUAUCUUAAACCCCAUUCUGUCUGAUGCUGAUCCUUUUAAAAUCUCCAGUGAGAGUAUGAUUCGUUUGUCGUUGCUAGAUGUCAUUUUGUUAACACUGUACAAAGGCAGGGCAGCAUGUGAAACCAGCAAGUUGGUUUUUUAGUAUUGUAUUACUCUGAAAAAGAGAAAAACUAACCAGAUCUUUCUUUCUAGUGUGAAAUACUCUCCUUAGAUUGAGAGGACAUGUGCAAAUCCUCUGCUUUGAAUGCCUCAUUAUAAUCAAGUUACAAAAUGGAAGAAAAUGGUAUUAGGAAAAGAUUUUUGAGAAACUUAGCUCCAGUGGUGCAGAACAUGCACUUGUUAAAGUCUGCUCUCUCUCUCUCAUGAAGUCAGUGGGAAUCUUUAAUGGGAGUUACUGCAAGGCUGUAUGGUUUUUUUAAUGCACUAGCAGAUAUAAUUUCCCAUCCAGUCAUCUGCACAGUUGUGGUUGGUACACCAUAAAGGCUGAAGGCCAAAUCCUGCUGUCAUUGCACACAGCAGCCCUACUUCAGCAGGGAUCAUAAACAUGUACUUAUGUUACAUGAGUUAGUUGCACAAUUUUGAGGUUUUUGCUGAAGAGAAAUGGGAGAGGGUAGGCUUUCCUUCUGCUCGUUGAUCACAGGCUUUGUGUUUCCAAUGACUUUAUUAGAAGCAUCAUAUAUUUACAUGCUGCAGAAUGAGGCCUGCAUGGGGUGGGAAAGAUUUUUAUGAGUUUAGACCUGCCUAAGAAAACAUCAACCAUUCUAAUUUUAGACAAGUUGCAUUCCAUAUCCGUCUGUUUAGUGGAUCAGUCUGAUGUUUACUGCUUAGUAAAUUACAUUUAGUCUUUUUUUUUUUUUUAAGUUUCCUUGAGGGCUUUGCCUGCCAUCAGCUAGUGUAAAAUAGUGCCAAGGACUUCCAGACAUACCCUUAGAGCCAAACUGUGCUAGCUUCACAUACCACAGUCCCAUCAAAAGCAAGGAAAGCUGGACUGGGCACAUGAGCUGCAAACCCCCCGAUGUCCAGUUACAUGUCCUGCCUCGCUUCGUAGAGAUUGAUGACUUCCUGGAAAAAAAACACAUGGUGCCAAUUCACCCCAGUUAAAAAUGUAUUGAAGUCAAGGAAAUUAUAUUAGACAUGACUGUAGUCUACCAAUUCCCGUCCUGUGCAUAGGCAGAACUCCAAGGGAAAGUAAUGGGAGUUUCCGUUACGGAGUUUGCAGAACGAAGCCUACGUAAUGAACUAUGACAAAAUGUCAACUUUGUGUAAACUCUCCUGGUGGGUGUGUAUAAAGGUUUUUAAGAAAUCUUCAUUGGAACACACCAGAGAAUAAUAAAGUUGCACCUUGAUAGAAUAGCUUUAUAUGUAUAUACUCUAUGUAAAUUUUAAACCAGAGGAUACGUGUCAUUCCUUGUACAUAUCUGACUAGAACGGUGGCAGUGCUGUGCACUGCUGUUUAGGAGAUCCAGAUUCUCCAGUCUUGGGUUUCCAACUGUAAAGGCUGCAGGAGACUGCUUGGGACCAGCCAAAACAUAGGAUGGAUAGAUGCUCACCACCCACUGCUUAGAAAUGAAGGAGCAGGAAUUGGAACAGAUGUUGGCUAUGGAGAAGAUUGCUUGCCUCCACUCCUGGCUAAAGGACAAGUGCCUCCUUUGCUGUCGUCUCCAACAGAAGUGAUUUAUGGUCAAAGAGUGUGGAGAACAUUCAGAGCCCUACUUGGAUCAGUCUUUCAUAGGGGUCUGAGCUUAUAAGGAACCCACACUGCUGGCGUAACAUGGGAAGGUCCACGAAAAAGCAGUGUGUAUAUACAUCUACCUAUCUGUCUGUCUGUUAUCUAAUAGCCCAGUGUUUCUGUAUUGAAUGGUUUCAGUAACCUGUAAACAAGUGAUUGCUCCUGUUGUGUUACUGCUUUGAAGUUCUUUGCAUGCACUCUGGCAUAUAAUUCUUUAAGAAGAGAAAUUAUACAUAUUAUAUAUAUAUAUUGUAGCUUGCAAAAUAUUCAUGUUGAAGAGCCAUGUUUUGUGCAAAUUGUACAUUUAUGUUGUGAGCAAUAUUGCAAUAUGAACUUUUAUUAGUUGUUGGCAUUAAAACAUGUUUUUAUUGAUAGUAAAUUUGUCACAUUAUUUUUGAGCGUAUGUAUGUAUCCCAAGCUUUCAAACUCAGGCAUUAGAUCAACUACUGAAGGAGACUUUUUCUGUGCAGUAGAAAUAGCCCAGGCUUUCAGUAAAUAGGCAGGUAUGCAAGUCCCAUUCUGUUUAACCCAAGUUGCAAGGCUGAUUCUUCAUGCAGUUUAUCAGGCCAAUACUUCUCUUUUGUCAGUGCUGGAAUUCGUGUUUGGUAUGAGGAUGCUGUUGCCCUCAUUUAUAACAGAACUAAAACCCCAACCUUGCAAAACAAAGUGCUUAACUCCUACUGCCCUCUGUCUCUGCAGGUGCUUCAAUAUAAAUACAGUGAGGACUUAAGAACCUUCCAAUUUCCUGCCGGAUAGCCAAUGUUAUAUUUUCAGAUGUUCAUGCUACAUAGUUUUCAAUUUAGGGGCUAGAUAAAGUGUAAUACCACUAUGGCUUUAGGAAAGCUACAGUGUUUGGAGCUUGACCUUGAAACUUUUACCUGAUUUCUGAACAUCAUUGGUGGCUUUGUUUGCUCAAUGUUUACCUCUGAGAAAUGUAUGCUAUUGAUUUAAAUGUUUAAUAUAUUGACUGCCUUUUUUGUAUAUUUGUUAUCAUAAAGAUUUGGUUUAAAUGCUAACAAUUGUGGUCUAUUUUCAGACUUUAAAUAACAUACGGUUCUGUAUUUGGAAGGCAAAGUUAUUAAUGAAUAUAGCAAUUUGGUAUUUUAUUCCUAUUUUAUACAGCUGCCCCCAUAGGUUAUUAUCAGAUGGCAAUGAAUAUUGCUGAACAGCAGGUGGAACUCCUUUGAGCGUGUUUAUGAGCCAUCUCUGUUCAAUAAAAAUUCCAUUGUUUUCUAGCCUA